GGACUGACCCAGCUGGGCUCACUGUAUUAAAAAGCGGAUCCGCGACCCGGUGUGGCCGGGAGACCCGAUCCGGGAGCCUGGACGGGUGGGGAAGCCGGAGCCCCGGUCUGUGCUUCAGGGAAGAGUGGCUCCUCCUCCAGCCCCCUCCGCGGCGGCUCGGGGCUCGGGGCCGGCGCCGGUUGAGCCGCAGCCCUUUCCGGGGGGCGGGCCUGGCGGCUGCGGCGACACCCCAGCUCCUGCCCCGACAGGUGCGCGCAGCGCGCAGGAAUGCAGUCCGCCUGACUCACCAGCGCCUCCUUCCUACCUGCGCCGCCCGUCCAUAAAGCGCUGCUGGCUCCCGCCCGCCGCCGCCCGCCCUGCUGCCCCGCCGGGCUCGCCCGCGCGCUCAGCUCGACCCAACGCAGCCCAAGUCCGAGGAAGUCCCACUAAGGAGGAGGAGGAUGGCAGGGCCCUGUUGCAGCCCAUGGGUGAAGCUGCUGCUGCUGGCAGCAAUGCUGAGUGCCAGCCUCCCUGGAGACCUGGCCAACCGCUGCAAGAAGGCUCAGGUGAAGAGCUGUACCGAGUGCAUCCGGGUGGACAAGAGCUGUGCCUACUGCACAGACGAGCUGUUCAAGGAGAGGCGCUGCAACACCCAGGCGGAGCUUCUGGCUGCAGGCUGCCGGGGAGAAAGCAUACUGGUCAUGGAGAGCAGCCUUGAAAUCACAGAGAACACCCAGAUCGACACCAGCCUGCACCGCAGCCAGGUAUCUCCCCAAGGCCUGCAAGUCCGGCUGCGGCCGGGUGAGGAGCGCAGCUUUAUGUUCCAGGUGUUUGAGCCCCUGGAGAGCCCCGUGGAUCUGUAUAUCCUCAUGGACUUCUCCAACUCCAUGUCUGACGAUCUGGACAACCUCAAGCAGAUGGGGCAGAACCUGGCCAAGAUCCUGCGUCAGCUCACCAGCGACUACACCAUUGGAUUUGGAAAGUUUGUGGACAAAGUCAGUGUCCCUCAGACAGACAUGAGGCCCGAGAAACUGAAGGAGCCCUGGCCCAACAGUGAUCCCCCAUUCUCCUUCAAGAACGUUAUCAGCUUAACAGAGAAUGUGGAAGAAUUCUGGAACAAACUGCAAGGAGAACGCAUCUCGGGCAACCUGGACGCUCCUGAAGGGGGCUUCGAUGCCAUCCUGCAGACAGCCGUGUGCACAAGGGACAUUGGCUGGAGGGCUGACAGCACCCACCUGCUGGUGUUCUCCACCGAGUCUGCCUUCCACUACGAGGCUGAUGGUGCCAACGUGCUGGCCGGCAUCAUGAACCGCAAUGAUGAGAAAUGCCACCUGGACGCCUCGGGCGCCUACACCCAAUACAAGACACAGGACUACCCAUCAGUGCCCACGCUGGUUCGCCUGCUUGCCAAGCAUAACAUCAUCCCCAUCUUUGCUGUCACCAACUACUCUUACAGCUACUAUGAGAAGCUCCAUAAGUAUUUCCCCGUCUCCUCUCUGGGAGUCCUGCAAGAGGAUUCAUCCAACAUCGUGGAGCUGCUGGAGGAGGCCUUCUAUCGAAUUCGCUCCAACCUGGACAUCCGGGCUCUGGACAGCCCCAGAGGCCUGAGAACAGAGGUCACCUCCGAUUCUCUCCAGAAGACGGAGACUGGGUCCUUUCACAUCAAGCGGGGGGAAGUGGGCACAUACAAUGUGCAUCUUCGGGCAGUGGAGGACAUAGAUGGAACACAUGUGUGCCAGAUGGCUAAAGAAGACCAAGGGGGCAACAUCCACCUGAAACCCUCCUUCUCUGAUGGCCUCCGGAUGGAUGCGAGUGUGAUCUGUGACGUGUGCCCCUGUGAGCUGCAAAAGGAAGUUCGAUCAGCUCGCUGUCACUUCAGAGGAGACUUCAUGUGUGGACAUUGUGUAUGCAAUGAGGGCUGGAGUGGCAAAACCUGCAACUGCUCCACGGGCUCUCUGAGUGACACACAGCCCUGCCUGCGCGAGGGUGAGGACAAACCAUGCUCGGGCCACGGCGAGUGCCAGUGCGGACGCUGUGUGUGCUACGGUGAAGGCCGCUACGAGGGUCACUUCUGCGAGUAUGACAACUUCCAGUGUCCCCGGACCUCUGGAUUCCUGUGCAAUGACCGGGGACGCUGUUCCAUGGGAGAGUGUGUGUGUGAGCCUGGUUGGACAGGUCGCAGCUGUGACUGUCCUCUCAGCAAUGCCACCUGCAUCGAUAGCAACGGGGGCAUCUGCAACGGCCGAGGCUACUGUGAGUGUGGCCGUUGUCACUGCAACCAGCAGUCGCUCUACACGGACACCACCUGUGAGAUCAACUACUCUGCGAUACGCCUGGGUCUCUGUGAGGACCUCCGCUCCUGUGUACAGUGCCAGGCCUGGGGCACCGGGGAGAAGAAAGGGCGCGCGUGUGACGAUUGCAGCUUUAAAGUCAAGAUGGUAGAUGAGCUUAAGAAAGAAGAGGUGGUGGAGUACUGCUCCUUCCGGGACGAGGAUGACGACUGCACUUACAGGUACAACAUCGAGGGCGACGGCAGCCCUGGGCCCAACAGCACUGUCCUGGUCCACAAGAAGAAAGACUGCCCUCCCGGCUCCUUCUGGUGGCUCAUCCCCUUGCUCAUCUUCCUCCUGUUGCUCCUGGCGUUGCUUCUGCUGCUCUGCUGGAAAUACUGUGCCUGCUGUAAAGCCUGCCUGGGGCUUCUUCCUUGCUGCAACCGAGGUCACAUGGUGGGCUUUAAGGAAGACCACUAUAUGCUUCGGGAGAACCUGAUGGCCUCCGACCACCUGGACACGCCCAUGCUACGAAGCGGGAACCUCAAGGGCCGAGACACGGUCCGCUGGAAGAUCACCAACAAUGUGCAGCGCCCUGGCUUUGCCACCCAUGCCUCCAGCACCAGCCCCACGGAGCUCGUACCCUACGGGCUGUCCCUGCGCCUUGGCCGCCUCUGCACUGAGAACCUCAUGAAGCCGGGCACCCGAGAGUGUGACCAGCUACGCCAGGAGGUGGAGGAAAAUCUGAAUGAGGUGUAUAGACAGGUCAGCGGCGCACACAAGCUCCAGCAGACAAAGUUCCGACAGCAGCCCAACGCCGGGAAAAAGCAAGACCACACCAUUGUGGACACAGUGUUGCUGGCGCCCCGCUCGGCCAAGCAGAUGCUGCUGAAGCUGACAGAGAAGCAGGUGGAACAGGGGUCCUUCCAUGAACUGAAGGUAGCCCCUGGCUACUACACCGUCACGGCAGAGCAGGAUGCCCGGGGCAUGGUGGAGUUCCAGGAGGGCGUGGAGCUGGUGGAUGUGCGCGUGCCCCUCUUCAUCCGGCCUGAGGAUGAUGAUGAGAAGCAGCUGCUGGUGGAGGCCAUUGAUGUCCCUGUGGGCACUGCCACCCUUGGUCGCCGUCUGGUCAACAUCACCAUUAUCAAGGAACAAGCUAGUGGGGUGGUGUCCUUCGAGCAGCCUGAAUACUCGGUGAGUCGUGGAGACCAGGUGGCCCGCAUCCCUGUCAUCCGGCACAUCCUGGACAAUGGAAAGUCCCAGGUCUCCUACAGCACACAGGAUAAUACAGCACACGGACACCGGGAUUAUGUCCCUGUGGAGGGAGAGCUGCUGUUCUACCCUGGGGAGACCUGGAAAGAGUUGCAGGUGAAGCUCCUGGAGCUGCAGGAGGUUGACUCCCUCCUGCGUGGCCGCCAGGUUCGCCGCUUCCAAGUCCAACUCAGCAACCCCAAGUUCGGAGCCCGCCUGGGCCAGCCCAGCACAGCCACUGUUAUUCUCGGUGAGCAUGAUGAAAUGGACAGGAGUCUCAUAAAUCAGACACUUUCAUCGUCUCCGCCACCCCAUGGAGACCUGGGCGCCCCACAGAACCCCAAUGCCAAGGCUGCCGGGUCCAGGAAGAUCCAUUUCAACUGGCUGCCCCCUCCUGGCAAGCCAAUGGGGUACAGGGUGAAGUACUGGAUCCAGGGCGACUCGGAGUCCGAAGCUCACCUUCUAGACAGCAAGGUGCCCUCAGUGGAACUCACCAACCUGUAUCCCUAUUGCGACUACGAAAUGAAGGUGUGUGCCUAUGGGGCCCAGGGUGAGGGGCCCUAUAGCUCACUGGUGUCCUGCCGCACCCACCAGGAAGUACCCAGCGAGCCAGGGAGGCUGGCUUUCAAUGUAGUCUCUUCUACGGUGACGCAGCUGAGCUGGGCAGAGCCAGCUGAGACCAAUGGCGAGAUCACUGCCUACGAGGUCUGCUAUGGACUGGUCAACGAGGACAACCGACCCAUUGGACCUAUGAAGAAGGUGCUCGUGGACAACCCCAAGAACCGGAUGCUGCUCAUUGAGAAUCUGCGAGAAUCCCAGCCAUACCGAUACACGGUGAAGGCGCGCAAUGGGGCGGGAUGGGGACCCGAGAGAGAGGCUAUCAUCAACCUGGCCACACAGCCCAAGCGGCCCAUGUCCAUCCCUAUCAUCCCAGAUAUCCCCAUAGUGGACGCCCAGGGUGGAGAAGACUAUGAGAACUUCCUCAUGUACAGUGACGACGUCCUGCGGUCCCCAGCCAGCAGCCAGAGGCCCAGCGUUUCUGAUGACACUGAGCACCUGGUGAAUGGCCGGAUGGACUUUGCCUAUCCAGGCAGCGCCAACUCCCUGCACAGAAUGACUGCAGCCAAUGUGGCCUAUGGCACGCAUCUGAGCCCACACCUAUCCCACCGAGUGCUGAGCACGUCCUCCACCCUUACCCGGGACUACCACUCUCUGACACGCACAGAGCACUCCCACUCAGGCACACUUCCCAGGGACUACUCCACCCUCACUUCCCUUUCCUCCCAAGAUUCCCGUGGAGCUGUGGGUGUGCCCGACACACCCACUCGGCUGGUGUUCUCCGCCCUGGGGCCCACGUCUUUGAAGGUCAGCUGGCAGGAGCCACAGUGUGAUCGGACAUUGCUGGGCUACAGUGUGGAAUACCAGCUACUAAACGGCGGCGAGAUGCAUCGGCUCAACAUCCCUAACCCUGGCCAAACCUCGGUGGUGGUAGAGGAUCUCCUGCCUAACCACUCCUAUGUGUUUCGGGUACGGGCCCAGAGCCAGGAGGGCUGGGGCCGAGAGCGAGAAGGUGUCAUCACCAUUGAGUCACAGGUGCACCCGCAGAGCCCUCUCUGCCCCCUGCCAGGCUCAGCCUUCACUCUGAGCACCCCCAGCGCCCCGGGACCGCUGGUGUUCACUGCCCUAAGCCCAGACUCCCUGCAGCUCAGCUGGGAGCGGCCUAGGAGGCCCAAUGGAGAUAUCCUUGGCUACCUGGUGACCUGUGAGAUGGCCCAAGGAGGAGCACCAGCCAGGACCUUCCGGGUGGACGGAGACAACCCUGAGAGCCGGUUGACUGUACCUGGCCUCAGUGAGAAUGUUCCUUACAAGUUCAAGGUUCAGGCCAGGACGACCGAGGGCUUCGGGCCAGAGCGUGAGGGCAUCAUCACCAUCGAGUCUCAGGAUGGAGGCCCCUUCCCACAGCUGGGCAGCCAUUCUGGGCUCUUCCAGAACCCAGUGCAAAGUGAGUUCAGCAGCGUGACCAGCACGCACAGCACCACGACUGAGCCCUUCCUCAUGGAUGGUCUAACCCUGGGGACCCAGCGCCUGGAAGCAGGAGGCUCCCUCACCCGGCAUGUGACCCAGGAAUUCGUGACCCGGACCUUAACGGCCAGUGGCUCUCUCAGCACUCAUAUGGACCAACAGUUCUUCCAAACCUGAACCUCCCCCGCCCCCCAGCCACCUGGGCCCCUCCUUGCCUCCUCUCCUAGUGCCUUCUUCCUCUGCAGUUCUACCCAUGAGUUUGCUGACCACAGAGCCAGCCCCUGUAGUCGGAGACCAGGGGUAGGUGCUGUCUAGGAAGCAUAAAGUGGGUAGAGGUGACACAGGUCUUUCUGACUGCAUCCCACCCUGGGUCCAAUCCCACAUGUAACCAAAAAAAAAAAAAAAAAAACAACUGGAGCUGGCACAAGGCCCCAGCCUUUUGCUCUGCACUUAAUAAAAGGUUUUGCUACUGCUUA